UAUAUGUUCCAAUUAAUUUAUUAAAAAUGUGUACCAUCACUUUUUAAAAUUUAAUUCUUAUACAAAAUUUAAUUUUGUUUUUAAAGCAUUUAUUAUAUUAUAUCCAGUAUUUUAUUUUUGAAAACUUUGUUAGAAGUUUCAUUGAUGCAACGCAAUUAAUGAACAGUGAGCUCUUAAUCGGAAAAUUAAUAUUUAUAUAUUUUUUGAAUCAUGCCUUAGAAUAUAACUUAACCUAGGAUAACCCAAUCUAACAUAUUUACAAUAAUUAAAUAUUGUUUAUAGAAUUUUGCGGAUCAGCUUGAUCCGAGUAAUUGUGACGCCUUCGAUGAUAUUCAGCGUAAUUCAUAUUUAAAAUAGUAUCUUUACACUUAAAUUUCAUAAUAUUACCACACGUUAAUGUUAUAUUUCUAAAACUACACCAAAUAUUUAACUGACAAAAGACGAUAAGCUUUGGUGAACGAUUGUUCUAUAGAUUAAAGUAUUUACAAACUAGGUAGGUGAAUCUUUUUAUAUGUAACUUUUCGGUAUCCUAAUAGUUAUUAGAACCACAACAUCCGAUGAUGUGCCAUUAAAUAUAUGCAGAUAAAAUGAAAUUAUUCAAAUUAAAUCAUGCAAUACAUGAUGACGGAAAAACAUUUACUCAGAUCAUAGCUGUUCUCGCUGUAUCGUUCGCAGUUUUUGUGGCGGGAUGUCACGGAGGCUGGCCCGGCCCAUCUCUUCGCAAAAUUCUGUCUGACGAAUAUCCUUUUGAUGUGACCUCAGAAGAAGCCUCAUAUAUUGCCAUCAUUGGUCCUGUAGGAGACGUAAUCGGCGGAGUCUUAGGAUCUACUCUCAUCGACAUCAUUGGAAGAAAAUGGACCAUCCUCAGCAUAUUCAUACCACAAUGUUUGAGUCAUAUAACCUUGUAUUUUUCGUAUUAUUACAAAGAACUUCUGUACUGCGGUCGAAUAUUCGGCGGCAUAGGUGAAGGCGCAACUUUAUCCGUGGUUCCAGUUUUUGUAGCUGAAGUGGCUGAACCGAAAGUAAGAGGUAUGUUAGGUACCAUUUUUACUAUGGCCUUUUUGUGUGGGAAAUUAUUUGAGAACGUGCUUGGUUCCUAUCUGGACAUACACAAUAUGUCAUUGGUGUGUCUAAUUUUUGCGGUGUUGUUCGUAAUUAGCUUCAUAACUAUGCCGGAAACUCCGUAUUAUUUGCUCAUGAAAGGAAAAGAAUCAAAAGCAGAGGAUACGCUGAAAUAUUUACGAAGGAAAGCUGAUGUAUCUAAAGAGAUAAUAAAACUUACUGCUGAUGUACGACGACAAAUGAGCGAGUCCGGCAAAUACCAAGACUUAUUUCGGAUAAAAUCGAAUAGAAGAGCUUUCCUUAUAAUCUUUGGUCUUAGAGUGGUGCAACAAUUUACUGGCUGUUCGGCUUUUUCAACAUAUAUUCAAAUUUUACUCGCCGAAGGCACCAAUUUAUCGCCAGUCCUUGGCUCCUCCUUGGUCAUUAUAUGCCAACUAGUUGUAAACAUUUUAAGCACAUUUCUUGUAGACAGAUCUGGUAGAAAACCGAUGUUUGUAAUUUCUAUAUCAACUUGCUUUGUUGUUUUGUUGAGUUUGGGCACUUUCUUCGCUCUCAGGGACUAUGUGGGAUUAGAUAUGUCAAGUAUUGCUUGGCUUCCACUCCUCUUCAUGUUGUUGUUCAUUAUGGGAUUCCAACUGGGUUUAGGAGCUUGUAUGAAUAUUUUUAUUAGUGAAAUGUAUUCAUCUAGCAUUAAAUCCAAGGCUUUGUCACUAGGCAGUAUUAUAUUUUCGUCCAGUAUGAUAUCGAGCAUUAAAUUUUAUCAAAUUACUGCAGAUAUGUUUGGGUUGGCAGUACCCUUUUAUUCGUUUGCAGUUAUUUCUGGUUUUGGUAUACUGUUCGUUAUUUUUGUUUUACCAGAAACAAAAGGAAAAUCAUUAGAACAGAUUCAGCAAGAACUGAAAGGAAACAAAUAUGAAGAUAGGAAGUUGUCGAUUCCAGAUUAUUAACAAAUGAAUCAAAUAUUGAAUGAGGAUUGUUGGAUGAAUUUUUGAGAGACAAGAUUGUUAUUGAUUCCAUGACUUCAGAUUGAGUGCAUUCUACUAUCUAAUAAGGAAAAAGCUACAUUAUGGAAAGUCCUUUGCGGGUAUAGAUUGAUAAAAUAUAUUGUGACGUAUGUGAAUUGAAAAUAAA